GCUCGGCUUGAGUCUUUUUCACUCCAAAAAAGUUAGAAAGUAACUGCCCUUAGAGUCAUAAACAGAGGUUAUAUAAAAGCUUGGGUAUUCUUCAAAAUUAUUUAUUUAACAUUCUUUUUCUUUUGAGUCAAAUAUGACUAAAGUAACAAUUGUCUUAGUGCUUGUGCAAGCCAUAAUUUUGUCAUCAUUGCAAAAUGUGAAAGUUGCUGCAACGUCGGGCCCACAAAAUCCGUUUGCCGGCUUCGGCAGACCCUAUCCUCCAUCCAUACCACCUCCAGGUGCAGAUUUUUGUAACCUUGGACCAAAGGAAUGUGAAGACUCAAAAUAUCGGUCUAUUGACGGUUCUUGUAACAACUUGGAUAAUCCACAAUUUGGUCUGGCCAAUUUUAAAUAUGCACGUCUAUUACCGCCGAAAUACAGCGAUGGAAUACAUCAGCCAACAAGUUCCUUGUCCGGUGAACCAUUACCGAAUGCUAGAUCUAUUUCGUUGUCACUUUUCGGUGAAGCUGAUGUUCCGGAUCCAGAUUUUUCACUCAUGAAUAUGCAAUGGGGUCAAAUGGUUGCUGGAGAUCUAACUCGGGUGGCAAAUGGAACUUUUUCGAGUCGUUACGUUCUUUGUUGCACUCCUGAUGGGCGCUUUGUUGAAAAAAAUCCCGAACUCUGUUUCAAUCUUGAUAUUCCACCAGAGGAUGUGGAUAACGUAAAAGCCGGAAAUGAGUGUAUGGAAUUCGUGAGAACUCUAACCGAUGAAGGUUCCAACUGCAAUUACAAUGGUGGACCAGUUGAGCAAUUGAAUGCAGUCACCAGCUAUUUGGACAUGUCGAUGUUAUAUGGAAACUCUGAUGAAGUAAUUCAAGGAAUUCGUGCCUUCCAAGGAGGUCGUAUGAUUGUCGAAGAGCGGAAUGGUCAAUCAUGGGCCCCUCAAAAUCCAAAUGCCACACAAGUAUGUAAUGUCGAUGAUGAAAAUGGCGUCUGCUACUCCACUGGCGAUAUUCGGGUGAACUCGUCACCUGGCGUCACAAUUAUGGCAAUAAUGUUCUUGCGUGAACACAAUCGUCUUGCUGAUGAAUUGUCAAAAUUGAAUCCACACUGGAGUGAUGAGAUCCUGUUCCAAGAAGCUAGAAAAAUCCUAAUUGCGGAAUUUCAACACAUAACCUACUACGAGUUGUUGCCCAUCUUUUUGGGACGGGAGAAUAUGUUGAAGAAUAAGCUGAUUUAUGAUGUGCCAACUGACAGCCAUGUCAACGAUUACAAUCCUAAGGUUGAUGCAACUCUCCUCAAUGAGUUUGCUGCAGCCGCUUAUAGGCACUUCCAUUCUCAAUGCGAGGGAAGAUUAGACCUGGUAUCGGAGAUGCGAUCUGUAUUUGGUUCAUUGUUACUUAGGGAUUGGUUCAAUCGUCCAGAAGUCAUUGAAAUUGAUGAUUACUUCGAUGCAUUGUCUAGAGGCAUGGGAUCGCAACCACAACAACUAACUGACAAUAAUAUUGAUCGAGAGAUAAAACAUUUUCUGUUUCGAAACAAUAGACCACUUGGCUUAGACUUGCGAGCUGUUGAUACUCAUCGUGGACGUGAUCAUGGUUUGGCUUCUUACAAUGAUUUAAGAGAAUUCUGUGGCAUCAAGAGAGCCAAAACAUGGGAAGACUUUGCAGAUCUCAUAAAUGCCCAUAGCAUUGAAGGACUUAAAUCUUUUUAUAAAAGUCCUGAAGACGUAGAUCUAAAUGUUGGUGGAUCGUUAGAGGAUGCUGUGCCUGGAACAUUAGCUGGUCCAACAUUCUUAUGCAUUUUAACGGAACAAUUCUAUCGAACUCGAGUUGGUGACCGAUAUUUCUUUGAGAAUGAGAACUCAAGAACUGGAUUUACAAAAGAUCAACUUAGGGAGAUCCGAAAAGCAACUGUAGCUAGACUUAUGUGUGAUAAUGGAAAUCAAAUUCAGACAAUGCAAGCUAGAGCGUUCAUUACUGUUUCAAAAUCGAAUCCAAUUGAACCUUGUGCAGAACUUCCCGAGCUUGACUUAACUAAAUGGAUCGAGAAGAAUAAAUCAACUUAUAGAUGAUUCCUGAACACAAGCGUAUUUAUCCUUAGUAGAUAAGUACAAGCACGAGUGUUCAACGUUGUUAGACAUACACAUAAAGAGAAAUAAAAAUUCAUGUUUUUUAAAUUUA